AUGUUCCGCUCUGCCAUUGUGCGCUCCCUGCGGGCCUCGGUGCCUCGUGCUAUCCGCCCAUCCACCCCCUUCGUCCGCAGCUCGCCCGUCGUCGCGCGUGCGCAAUUCCAGCCCUGUGCUGUCUCCCAGGCCAUCCGCUUCUACUCUGCUCCCGCCGGUCUGGACCAGAAGGAGGUCGAGGGCCGGAUAGUGAACCUGUUGAAGAACUUUGACAAGGUCACCGAUGCCAGCAAGAUCAACGGCGCCUCGCACUUCUCGAACGACCUCGGUCUGGACAGCCUGGAUACCGUCGAGGUGGUGAUGGCUAUUGAGGAGGAGUUCAGCAUUGAGAUCCCCGACAAGGAGGCGGAUCAGAUCCUCAGUGUGGACAAGGCAGUCGAGUACAUCCUUGCCCAGCCCGACGCCCACUAA